CGAUGAGUUGUUGUCUUUAGCGCGUCUAUUGACCUGUGGGUUAAAUCAUAUAAUACGCGGGAAUAUUGAAUGUUUGACAUCGGAAUACCUGCAGGCAUAGUAUGGAAAGAGGCAACAAUGAUAAAGAAAACAGCAGAAUCGCUUUGAAAAAUGGAACUAUUACAAGUUGCUUCAAGGUUAAAAAAUGCCUAUUUGAUCAAACUGUCUCCAAGACAUCUGAAUUAACUCUAAAAGCUGAAAGCUCAUUGUUGCUGUCUAGCCCUUUAAAAAAUGCCACAGAGGCCCCUUUUGAAGAUAGCCCCUUUGCAUUGUUCAAAAUUCGAAAAAAGAGAGGGAUUUGUAAGCAUGUAACAGAUAAAUCAUCAAAUGGAGGACCCAUUGUUACCACUCCAACACAGAAAAGGGGCAUAAAUGGAGAGCUUCAUGAACAGGAGAAAAGAAAUAGAGCCAGUAGCCCAUUAGCUCAGAGCCCAACUGUUGUUAAAUUAGCUGUGCAAAAAUCAAUUCUCAAUCCAGAUUUGAUAGGUGAUUUUUCUAUGCCUUGCACUUUAUCUACAGUAAAAGGAAGACAUCCUGAUUUAAAAAGCAUUUCUCCAGAAACGGUUGCUGAUAUUUUAAACAGCCCAGAGAAAUCUGGCUUCACACUCAUUGAUUGUAGAUAUCCAUAUGAAUAUGAGGGAGGCCAUAUCAAGACUGCUGUGAAUAUUUUCAACAAGGAUGAUGUAGAAAAAGAAUUUUUUCCAAAACCUAUGGAAAAGAAUGUCAGAAGAAAUGUGUUAAUUUUUUACUGUGAAUUUUCAUCAGAACGUGGACCAAGCAUGUUGCGAUGUUUGAGAAGUCUAGAUAGAGAUCUGAACAAAAGUGCUUAUCCUUUUUUAUAUUACCCUGAAUUAUAUCUCAUAGAAGGUGGAUAUAAAGCAUUCUUUUUCAACUUCAAGGAUCUCUGUGAGCCUCAAGAAUACAAAAUGAUGUUAGACCAGAAUUUCGCCAAUGACCUCGCAUACUAUCGAACAAAAUGCAAGUCUUGGAACCAUCGGUCUAAGCGUCUAAAGAAAGCUAGAUCAUCUCUUGUGUUUUAAAAUUUUGACUUUCCCCAAGUGCAAUUUCUUGUGGAUGACCUAGCUGUUUGAAUCUGUAGUAAAGAUCUGUUUUUGAUGGAUAUCGGUCCAUUAAAAAACUGCCUUCAUGUCCCAGACUGAUUUGCUUAUGACAAUGUCUUGUGCAUUUUGAAAAUUGCUUGUCGAUUGCAACCCUUACAUUGGUGAUUGUGUGGUUAGUUAGAAGAAAUUGAUAAUCGGUAAUGAGACUUUUUAGGAAUGCAUGUGCAUGUUAGGGUUUACGUGUUGUAUUAUCAAGUGAGUUUUCAUAAAAUUAUGCCUUUUUUAAUGAUAUAUAAUUGAAUUUCAGCUUAUCUUGAAAUUGCUGAGGUAUAUUGUAGAUUGUAUGUAAUUUUUUUUAUUUUUGUAUCCAUUCAAUUUUUUUAAAUGGUUUUUGAAAAUCAUGUACAAGACAUUUAUUUUUAAGAAGAAUUGUUUGAACAUGAAAUCAGGAUUUUGAUUAGUAUUAAUGUUAUUUGAUUGUCAUUUUAAUUUGACCGUCUUGUUUCAAGAUUUCUUGUUACUUUUUGACUGUAUUGAUUUUAUUUUCUCUACACAAUCGUUAAAUUUUGUGUGCAUGUCAAGGAAUAAAGUGCAUGGUGAACUUAUUUAUUCCAUGUGAAUUGUCCAUUUUUAUACUUCACGGAACUUUGUACUGUGAUGGAACUGGAAUUUUCAAUUCAUUUCACUGCCAUUUGUUUUUAAUGAGAAAUUGUUUACAUUGAUGUAUUGUUUUUCUUUUACAUGACGUUGAUUUUUAUACUCAUUUUUU